AUGUCUUCUCCUUCAACAAACUAUGUCAGCGUCGUUCAAUCAUUCUAUAAUAACUUGGGCGCGAAAUACGACACAAUGACACACUCGUUUCACGAAAGGGCCGCUGAAAACAUAGUGGAAAUCACGUGUAUCAGGAAGGGUCAACACGUUCUAGAUCUGGCAACCGGCACUGGAAAUGUUGCACUCAAAGCCGCAGCUAUGGUCGGCAAAUCCGGCAGGGUUUUAGGAAUCGACAUAUCAGACCAAUUUCUGAGUCUCGCGAUGACCAAAGCAGAACAGCUUAGUGUCCAGGAUAUUGUCCAGUUCGAGCAGCAGGAUGUUAUGAACCUGCACCUACCAGAAGGCUUUGAGAAGAAUAGUUUUGACACGGUUACAUGCGCCUCUGCGAUCGCGAUGUUCCCCGAUCCCAACGCAGUGGUCCGAACCGUCGCAAGCGAGUUCUUGAAACCUGGUGGAAUAUUCGUUGCGGACCAGCAAAGUGGUAAUCUCCCAGCAAAAAUCUUCCUUGAAGCGGUGAAGGAGCAGGGAUUCAAGCCUCCACUGGAUUUUUCAUGUUUGAAUAGUUCAGAGACUUGCCUUCAGCACUUAUUCGAAGGGACUGGGUUCGAGGUAAAGACCAUCAUGGAUUUUGAUUUGUCCUCAACCCGUCCUAAGUGGGAUGUUAGUACUUUACCAAAGAUGGAAGAAAUGUGGAAGAAUUUGGUGGAAGUGCACAAGUGGCUUUCAUUUGGGAUUGAUGAGCUCCCAAAAGACAGAUUUGAGAAGGUCAAAGCUUCCUGGAUGGAUGAGCUGACACGACUAAGGGGGGAGGACGGCUUUCUAAUGUCUGAGAAUAUUCAACAUAUUGUAGUUGCUGUGCUGUGA